UAAACAGGGUGGGAAGUAAGCUAACUUAGCUCACUUUCGACUGUAUUUUUAGUCGACUUAAGCCCAGUUUAAACGGGAAAUGGCGAUACUAAGGUCUUACAUGUCAGCUUUGAUACCUCCGGAGAGCGCGAGCAUCUUGUCCGGCAGGAGAAGGGACGUUUAAAUUUGAAAACAUGGAGCGCCGCUCGGCUCUGUGAGCUGGAGAAAUGGGAGCAAGCGCCUCAGUGUCGCUCUGUAGUGACCCGUCUUCUGUGAGAAUUCGGAGGUUUAAUGCCAAGGUCAGCCCAGAGCCCACUACUCCGGUCCUGCACUCAGAGCCUGACAUCGCCGCCGCGCCGGUGUUUGGUGUUUCCUUGGAGAGACUGAGGGAAGACGGGCAGCUGGUCUGUGGAGUUCCCCUUGUGUUGAGACACAUGGUGGAGUUCCUGGAUAGGAAUGGAGUGCACCAGAGGGGUCUGUUCCGUCUGUCUGGCUCAGUGGUCCGGACCAGACAGCUGAGGCUGCGUUGGGAUCGUGGAGAGAGCGUGGACUUGGAGCAGGACGGAGAUGUCUCUACUGUGGCUUCCCUCCUUAAGCUCUUCCUCCGAGAGCUGCCCACCCCCCUGGUUCCUGAACUGCAGCGCAAAAAGCUGGUUCUGAGCCUCACAGAAAAUGCAAACGAGGCAGAGGCGAACCAGUCCCUGAGAGAUCAUCUUUGCAGCCUCCCCAAUGAAAACCUCAGCAUCUUAUCUUACCUCAUCCACUUCCUGUCGACAGUGGCCACUCACAGCCAAAUAAAUCAUAUGCCAAUGGAAAACCUGGCAACCGUCUUUGGGCCCUGUAUAUUCCAUGUUCCAGCAGGACCCAACAUGCUGGAGGAGCAGAAUGUGUGUAACAGCCUGUUGCUCCAUCUUCUCAGGCAUCAGUCCGUUCUCUUUGUUCAUCCCCAUAAGGGUCUUCUUCCCGUCCCAUCCCAGAACACAGUGGCUUCCACCCCCUCCUCAUCACCUCCUCCUCCUACUCUCUCUGCUCUCUCAGACUUUGAGCCGCCUCCCAGCAACUGUCGGUCAGAGUGGAGUAGUGUGGAGCGCAUGGAGGAGGAAGGAACUACCUCUAUAUCAGCCACCAGUGCCUUUAACCAAACAUGGACGUCUUCUCACCUAAACAGUCCUGACACAUUGGAGAUGGGUUGUGAGGGCAGCUCUGACAUCAGCACCAGCAUCCAGCAGCUGAUUGGAGACCAGCUGGAGGAGGGAGGUGAAAGCAUAGAGGCAGAUCAUGUGCUUUUUUGCCCCACUCACCGAGGACCAGCCCAACAUGAGCAGCAGGGCAGACCAUCUCUGAACAUCCGGGGGGAGCAGCCAGAGAUGGAGUGUACCACAAGAGGGACUGGGUCACACCAUGAGAUGCCACCAUUCACCUCCACAUCAAAGGAUGAGGAGGAAGAAGAAGUAGAGGAGGGUCCCACAGUUCUUAAGCAGGUCUCACCAAUUUCUGAAAGCUGCAUAGUUGAAGAUUCACCAAGCCAAAUCCAAACCCAAAUUCAGCCCACAGACAGUCUGCUGGGCAAUAUUCAACAUGAGAAAGGAGAGAAAACUGCUGUUUCAGAAUGGAAGGGGAGAAGAGGAGGAGGAGGAAGAUGUAGUGAUUCUCUUGACAGACACAGUGAUUACAGAGACUCGCAUAAUGGCUUUGACAGCCCCUCGCUCAAGCUACAAGCCCUGGAGGCUGAACUUGGAGCCCCAUCGCCACCGGACUCAUUAGCCCAAGAAUGCCCACCUACUCAACAACAACCCCUUUCUGCUGAGGAGCCAAGCCUGCAUCUGCACCACACCCUGCUCCUCCACUCUCCACCGUCACCCCCAGCUCACAGUCAGCACACAGUCAUCUCAUCACAGCCUGUCAACUACCCCUCUUCAUUAGAUUGCAGUCCUGUCCCACAGCAGGACACUUCCACUCUUUCCAAGGCAGGUGUGGAAGAUGACACUUGGUCCAUCCCGACAGGCUCCAUGCCAGGCCUUAGUUCCAAUUCAGAUGCAGACACGAGCUCCCUCCUCCAUCGUAUUGCUGCAAGUGACUGCCCGGUUCCAUCACCUCGCUGCCCUAGCCUCAGCCAUAGCCUACGCUACCAGUUAGACCCUGACUCUGCCCCCUCUCCACCAUGCUCCCAGCACAUCAGGAUGGCUCGCCGCACUGUGCACCCAGAGCCAGAGGAGGGAGCCAAAGAGCCUCUGUCAGUCUGCAUGCUCAAUAGACAUAUCCACACCCUGAAGAAGAGGAUAAGGCGUUUCGAGGAGCGCUUUGAGCAGGAAAGGCACUACAAGCCGGCCCAUAAUGAUAAGACAGCACAUCCAGAGGUGGCCAGACUGAUGAAGGAGCUCAGCAAGAGCCGCAAGCAGCUUAAAGAGCUGAAGCUGAGACAGUCUGCAGAGGCAGGGCUGAGAGAACACACAGGUUCCAACCUCCCAACUGAGCCCUGCAGGAGCAGCAGAGAUCAACAGGGGGCUCCACUGACAGGAAUGGAGCUGCAACAGCUGAACAACAGCAGCAACUCAAAGCCAAGCCUUGAGGAAACUGUGCACACGCUGACCAACAGAUUGAGAGACAGACGCAGAGAGCUGGGCCUGCCUGACAACAUCAAGGAGAUGUCCCAGUCCCAGAUGGCGAUGGAGAAGACCAGUCUGCAAAAGUGUUUGCUCUACUUCGAGAGUCUACAUGGACGGCCGACUACCAGACAGGAGCGGACUCUGAUGAAGCCUCUGUACGAUCGUUACCGUCUUCUCAAGCAGCUGCUGCUUGCCUCGGCUGCCCCCACAGUCAUUACCACCAUCGAGGAAGAGGAGGCUUCUGAUGAGGACUGUCCCAAACAGCGAAGUCCAAGGCAUCAGCCACACCACGUGAAGCCUCCCAGGUUUGUGUCCUCUGAUGAGUCUCUGCUCUUGCCUUCCCAAGAAACGUCAGAAAUGCCCCUCGUGUCCCCACUGGAGGAAGUCAAAGGUCUCCAGCCCCAUACCGUUACCAUGGCAACACUACAUGAAGCCUCCAGACAAGAACUGCUGGAUCAUCUCAGGAUGACACGCCUAGAGAAGCGGAGGCUUCACCGUGCACUCCGAGAGUUUGAGGAACACUUUUACUCUCAGACCGGCAGGACUUGCCAAAAGGAGGACCGUGGACCGAUGGCGGAGGAGUACUGCCAGUAUAAGAACCUCAAAGCUAAACUCCGUUUACUGGAAGCCCUGCUCAGUAAACAACAGGACUCAACCAAGACCGGCUGAGUUACUCACAGUGGGGCUUUUAUCUCCUCACCUACUUGGACUCAAAUCAUUUCUGAGAGAUCAGGUUGAGAAGCCGGUAGUCUUGUUUCAUGCCAUGCCCAUUAUGUCGAUGCACUUUAAAUGAGGAUGACGACAACAAUUGAAAUUGGAAACAAUCUGAAUGAAUUGGUGGGCAACUGCAGAUUUUUUUAGAGUCCCUAAAACACAUCCCUUAUCAUUCAUGAAGCAUUAUAACAUCUUGUUAUAAACCUGAUGUAGCGAGUGUACUGUAUGUAGCACUAGUUCAUGUCAAGGAGUUAAGAACUAUAACAAAGAUAUCGCUAAUAACCAAGUUGAUGUUAGUUUCAUGUUAGCAUUUCCUAAAAUUAUGUAUAUUAUGGCACUUUGUUUCUUGCUUUUUUUCCUCCUUGCCAAAGUACUGCUUCUGGACAACAUGGUCCAUAGUUAAUGUGGAAAUUAUGCAUUUUUUUUUUUUUUUUUUUUUGAAAAGUGCUGUCUUGGCAAGAAGGAUAUCAUCUUAAAU